AUGCCUGCCAUCUACUAUAACCCCGUAAGCCAACUGUUGGCCCGCAAUGGAGACAACGAUGGUGAUGACGACGGCGGCUUCCACAUGCCCGGCAGUGUAAUGGCAAUCAUCAUCGUCUGUGUUAUUGCUUUCGUCGCCGGCACCGCCGUCUGUUGCUGUCUAUGCCGUCGCAGGCGCAAGAACCGCAAUGGAGACGGUGGCAGCAAAAACAGCAACGAAUACGGCGUCGACUCGAACAAAUGGAUCAAGAAGGCCAUUAAGAAAGCCGCAAAGAAGAUCAAGAAGAUGUUCUCCAAGAACAAGAAGAAGAAUGCAGCGGCCGCCGCUGUCGGUGGAUCAGUCCCAUAUGGUCAGGGUACGCACCCUGGCUAUGGCGAAAAUGAACGUACGAUGGGAUACAGUGGAGGCUACGGCAGGCUUGAUGCGCACGGGGAUGAAGAGAUGGUUGGGAUGACGUCCCCGCAUGGAGUCAGGAACUGA